AUGCGUCGCUUUUGUGACACCGAGACGUUUGGAACCAAAUAUCAGAUUGACUGCAUCUCACCAGAAAACAAGGCGGCAUCGAAGUUUCUGGAUCGAGCCACGACGAGAUUAGACAUCGGAUAUGAGGCACCUAUUCUAUGGAAGGACGGAGUUCGCCCAGUGCUGCCAGACAAUCGGAGCUUAGCUGAAUCCCGUCUUCAGUGCCUCAUCAACAAGUUUCGGAAAACCGCACCAGAACAGCGUUAUGAGCACUAUUACCGGAAAGCAAUGCAGAAGAAUUUUGAUGAGGGUUAUGCCUGCCGACUUUCCCCUGAAGAGACGGCUAGUCAAUCGGGUUACUAUCUGCCCCAUUUUGGAGUACCGAAGAUACCUGGUCGGCCAGAACUACGCUUGGUCUACGAUGCAGCGGCGAGAUACAGAGGUCGUUGCUUGAAUGACUACAUUGUCAGCGGUCCACCAGUACAGAACCCUCUAGCUGCCGUGAUCAUAAGAUUCAGGGAGGGGGCCGUGGCGUGGUCAGCUGACAUAAGGGCCAUGUUCAGCCGUAUUCGAUUGAAGAAGGAAAACCGCCGGUAUCACAGAUUCCUGUGGCCAGAAGAAGACGGUUCAGUUUCAACGUGCGAAAUGAUGAGGGUUACCUUUGGAGUGUCUUGCUCCCCCUUUGUUGCUAUUCGUACGAUGUGGCGGGCGGCUGACGAUGCAGGUCCGGCAAUGAAAGCAGCAUCAGAGGCACUACGUAAUAAUCUUUAUGUGGACGAUUAUCUUGGUUCCGCCCGAAGUCAAGAGGAAGCCAUCUCUGUAACCAAGGCCGUUACCACUGUAUUGGCGAAUGGGGAUUUCCAUCUCGGCAGCUGGGCCUCGAAUGAUCCUGCAGUAUUAACAGCUUUACAACCGUCAGAAGACGAGAACGGAAGCAAUGCCCUGGCAACACGAGACCUAGGCUCAGACGACGUGGAGACCGUCCUGGGAAUCACAUGGCGUCCUACAACCGAUAUGCUUGGCUUCCGUGUCAAGGAAAAGGAAGUUACGUUUACACGGAUAGGCCUAGCCUCUAUGGUGGCUGGGCAAUUCGACCCACAAGGUACCGCAGCCCCUAUGACUGUCAAAGGAAAAAUUCGUCUUCGGGAGUUGGGCGUACGAGGGCUCGGUUGGAACGAAACUGUCGACGAGAAUGAUAGCCAAUGGUGGACCCAAUAUUUCAACACGGUGCAGCAGCUGCGAGAUGUAGAAUUCCCACGAGGACUUUUUCCAAACGAACAAAACAUCGUCCAGUCAGAAUUACAUACGUUCGCUGACGCAUCAGAGGAGGCCUGUGCGGCAGUGUGUUAUAUCCGGCAUAGUUACCAAGACGGCAGUGUCAUCGUACACCACGUCAAAGCAGCAACAAAACUCGCCCCAUUGAAGACAGUUUCUGUGUGUAAACUAGAGUUAACAGCCGCGCUACUAGGCGCUCGGUUAGCCCGCUUCGUUGGUGAAUCUAUGACAAGGAAAGGUUAA